CUUUCCUUAUAUACAGAGUAUACCGCGUACUUCACGUACAUUAUCUCUAACCUCUCUUUUGUCAUUCUUGAACUACUGAUUAACUAGUAGUUUGUUUGUCAAUCGACCCUAUACCCCCCAAAAAAAACCAAAAAAAAGAACACUAACCCAUCCACCAUGUCUGCCACUCCAGUAGCUAUUGUGCCCAAGCAGGGUAACGUCAACUCUACGUCAUUAUACGUUGGCGACCUUCACCCCGAGGUGAAUGAAGCUCUACUAUUCGAGAUUUUCAACGCUGUUGGUCCCGUUGCAUCCAUCCGUGUGUGCCGUGACAACAUCACACGUCGAUCGCUUGGUUAUGCGUAUGUCAAUUUCCACAACUUUCUAGAUGCCGAGCGUGCAUUGGAUACCAUGAACUACGCUGACAUCAAGGAACAGCCCUGUCGUAUUAUGUGGUCACAGAGAGACCCCGCCCAGCGUAAGUCUGGUCUUGGAAAUGUAUUCAUCAAGAAUCUGUCCAAGGAGAUCGACAAUAAGGCUCUGUACGAUACUUUCAGCGCAUUCGGCAAUAUUCUGUCGUGCAAGAUUGUAGAGAACGAAGUGUGCGAGUCUCUUGGUUACGGAUUCGUGCAUUAUGAGUCUGACGAGUCGGCUGAAAAUGCCAUCGAAAAGGUCAACGGCAUGCUUUUGGCCGGAAAGAAGGUCUUCGUCGGACCUUUCAUCGCCCGUAAGGAGCGUCAAGACGGCGACGAAGCCCCCAAGAUCAAGUUCACCAAUGUGUUUGUCAAGAACUUCCCAACCACAUGGGAUAGUGACAAGCUUCGUGAAGUGUUCGCCGAUUUUGGCACUGUCACGUCUGCUGUAGCUAACGUCAACACCGACGGCACCAGUGCUGGCUCCGGAUUCGUGUGCUUUGAUAACUACGAAGCAGCGGCCAAAUCUGUUGAGGCUAUGAACGAGAAGGUUAUCGAGGAGAAGGCCCUAUACUGUGGCCGUGCUCAGAAGAAGUCUGAGCGUGAGGCUGAACUUCGUGCCAAGUUUGAUGCACUUAAGCUGGAGCGUGCUCAGAAGUACCACGGUGUCAACUUGUAUGUCAAGAACUUGGACGAUACUCUAUCCGAGGAGCGUGUCCGCACAGAGUUCGCACCUUUUGGAACCAUCACAAGUCUUAAGAUCAUGCACGAUGAUAAGGGUGUAUCCAAGGGUUUCGGUUUCGUAUGUUUCGAGACUGCCGAGGAGGCUACCAAGGCUGUGACCGAGAUGAACGGACGCAUGCUUCUUUCUAAGCCUUUGUACGUAGCUCUAGCUCAGCGAAAGGAGGAUCGCAAGCUGCAGUUGCAGAACCAGUACGCAGUGCGUGCUAACGGUAUGGUCCGUGGACCUGCUGGUAUGCAGCCACAGCUUUACCCGGCUGGCGGACCUAUGUUCUACACCGGCCCUGGUGUGGGAGUUGUUCCUAACGGUCAGAUGGUUGGUGGACGUCGCUGGACUCCUCCGGCUGGUAAUGUGAACGUUCGAGGUGGAUAUGCACAGAUGCCCCCCCCUGGUUACAUGGGACCUGGAGUGAACAUGCAAAAUGUUCCCCAACAACAACAGCAGAGAAACGGAAACAACAACCGUAACAACAACGGUCGACCACAGAAUGGACAGCAGCCUCGCAUGCCCCUUCAGCAGAAUACACGUGCCGGUGUCAACCAGUACCGUCAAUCACAGGGCGCUAUCAAGCAGAUCGUUAACCCUGUUCCUGCUGUGUCUCCUGUCUUCCCUGGUCAGGAGCCCCUUACUGCCUCUAUGCUCGCCGAGGCUUCUGCUGUACAACAGAAGCAGCUUCUCGGAGAACGUCUUUACCCCUUAAUUGCCGCUACACACACCGAACUGGCCGGCAAGAUCACAGGCAUGCUCCUAGAGAUGGACAACAGUGAAUUGCUGCAUCUUUUAGAGACGCCCGAUGCCCUAAGUCUAAAGGUUAAAGAGGCCGUACUUGUGUUGGAAACUCACCAACAACAAUUAUCGGAUGCCCGUACCACCGAUGAAAACUCGCACGCUGAUGUUCCCACCGUAGCCGCCUAAAUCAUUAGACUUUGAGGUUGUCUACAUACUUCGAAGUGGUCGUCCGGGUGGUGUUGUAGUUUUGUAAGUUCAUACCAUUACAGAUGAUUUAUCAGACCGGAAUCCGACGUUUCCGGUUACCUGUUGGUUGUGGAUCGGAUGAGCGAAUCUCCCGAUACUCAUCAUGUUAAUUGCAUACGAAGAAACCGCUUGUACAUUUCGGUUUUGGCGUGUGUAGAUAUAUUUCAGAGUUCAGACACUCGUCUCGUACUUAGCUAGUGUCGACUCAAUUUUUAGUUAUGCUAGUGUGCUUAGAUCCAGGUUCGAUUUCAAUGAGUGAGGAAGCCUCGUUAUCAGUGCCUUGGGGAAAUGAGUUCCGAUGCUUUCGUAGAUUGAUAGCUACACAACAAGCUGAUCUGGUCGAGAAAGGAACUUGAAUAGCACAACACUAGCCUCAAAUAUUAGAACUUCCUUUGUACAUAAAUCAAAAAUAAAAUAAUAAUGCACA